AUGGCAGUGUCGGGUCGGAAGGUUUCUGAUUUUCGUGGAUCAGUAUCUAAAAGUUCAGCAGAGGAUUUUGAUCACAGUUGUGAACCAUGCUUAGCUAUUGGUCAGUAUGUAGAAGCACAUGGAUUUUGUGUGGACUAUCAGGAAUAUCUUUGCAAUACCUGCUUUGCUUAUCAUCAAAGAACAAAGGCCUCAAAACAUCACCAACUUCUUGACAAAGGGAACAUUGACAAACACACCAUUCAUAGCAAGAGUUCAACAGUGUGCACUGAAAAGUGUCCUAUUCACAAAAAUGAGCUCAUCAAGUUUUUCUGCACAAACCAUGAAUUUCUUGGAUGCACUGACUGUAUAACUCUGAAUCACAGGACAUGUAAAAUUGACUUCAUACCUGAUAAAUGUGUAGGUAUUGGAGACAGUAAUGAAUACAGGGAAACAAUGAGAGAACUGGAUCGAAAAAUGAAAGAUAUGGAUACUUUGAUCAAGAAGGCAGCACUACAAGGAGGUGGAUUCCUUCUAUGA